AAGAGUCAGGGUGAAGUUAGAGUAGCUACAGACAGACAGAUAGCAGCAGAGAAAGAUAGAUUAGGAAAGAAGUUUGUGCUGUUAAAUUGGGAAAGAAGCAGAGGAUAGAGUGGCAGUGCGUAAAAGAGGAAGUAGAGCUUUUUUUUUUUAAUUUCAGGGAGAUGUUACUGUAACUUUUUGGAUUACAUUUUGUAAUCCACAAUGAUUUUUUGUUAGAAUUCUUCUACUGUAGAUAUUUGUGUUUUGCUCGGUGUGUUUAACCCACCUGAGAGUUAGACUUUAGAUUGUGUGAUUGAGUGUGUGUGUGUGUUGUAAUAAGUCAUGGAACUGGAGCGUUUAGGUGGCAGCGGGGUUAAACCUGAGCGGGGCAACAGUCGUCUCUACAGGAUAGCGCUGGCCAUGUGUGUGUGUGUCUGUGCCGCUCUGCUGCUCGCACUCAUACUGGUUGCUCAAAGAACCAAGCAGGAGGAGUUCUGCCUGACCCCAGAAUGCAUUGAAGCAGCGGGGUCUAUUCUGAGUAAAAUUGACCGGUCCGUUAACCCCUGCGAGGACUUUUAUAGUUUCUCCUGUGGGGGUUGGCUAAAGGAGAACCCGAUCCCUGAGGAUUCCUCCUCAUAUGGCAUCUACCCCUGGCUGCGACAGCAUGUUGACAUCAGACUCAAAGAGUUACUCGAAGCUCCUUCAGACCCUGAUGAACUGACGGCAGUGUCCAAGGCUAAGAUCCUCUACCGCUCCUGUUUGAAUGAGAGCACACUGGAGCGGUUGGACUCCAAACCGAUGCUGAAAACACUUAAACAGCCGGAGUUUCGGUGGCCCGUUGUGGGGGAAGGGCUCGGCGGGGAGUACGAGUGGUCUGAGGGUCAAUGGAACCUGCUGAAGACGGUGGCAGAGAUGAGGAACCAGCACAGUAAGAGCGUCCUGAUUCGCCUGUACGUCUCCCCAGAUGACAAAAACUCCUCCCACUACAUCAUCAAGCUGGAUCAGGCAUCCUUGUCUCUGCCCUCCAGGGAGGACUACAUCACCAACACUUCCUCUGCCCAGGCGUAUCGUGCAGCCUUGCUGAGUUUGAUGGUGGAUACAGCCGUCAUGCUGGGCGCUCCAGAGAAAGCAGCACUGACCCAGAUGGAAAAGGCUCUUGCCUUCGAGACCAAACUGGCUCAUAUCCUGAUUCCCUAUGAAAACCGCACCAGUGAAAACAUGUACAACAAAUACACACUCUCCCGCCUGCAGCGCCACAUACCACAGUUUGACUGGUUGGGUUUUGUGAGGACUGUGGUGGAGUCUAAAGGCGACCCGGCUCGGUCCAUCUCCUCCUCCGAGCCCAUCAUCGUCCGAGCUCCGCAGUACUUCAAGGAACUUUUCAAACUCAUUAAUGCCACAGAGCCCAGGACUGUUGCUAACUACGUACAAUGGAGGACAGUUUUCUCCAGGAUCACCACUCUGAGCCGCCGUUUCCUCUACAGAUACCUCGACUACGCUCGGGUAACCACGGGAACCACCUCUCUGACCCCGCGCUGGGAUAAGUGUGUUAAUUAUGUCGAGAACUCGCUGGUUUAUGCCACCGGGCGCCUUUUUGUCAACACACACUUCCAGGAGGACAAGAAACAUAUGAUGGAGGAGCUGAUUCAGGGCGUUCGCUGGGCGUUCAUCGACAUGCUGAAGAAAGAGAACGACUGGAUGGAUGAACCAACGAAGAAGAGAGCCAUAGAAAAGGCUCACGCAGUGCUGGCUAAGGUCGGCUACCCUGAGUUUAUUCUGAAUGACACCUACCUCAAUGAAGAUUUAAAGCAGCUAGAGUUCAGUGAGACAGACUACUACGGGAAUGUGAUGCAGACGUUGAAGUUUAUCGCCCAAUCUGACAUCGGCUGGCUCCGAAAGAGCGUCCCACGCACGGAGUGGUUCACAAACCCCACGACGGUGAACGCCUUCUACAGUUCCUCCACCAAUCAAAUCAGAUUCCCUGCCGGUGAGCUUCAGAAACCUUUCUUUUGGGGGAAGGAGUAUCCGAGGUCUUUGAGUUACGGCGCCAUCGGGGUGAUAGUCGGACACGAGUUGACACACGGCUUCGACAAUAAUGGUCGAAAGUACGACAAGAACGGCAACCUUGACCAGUGGUGGAGCAACUCGUCCGUAACAGCCUUCAAUGAGAAGACUCAGUGUAUGAUCGACCAGUAUAAUGGCUACCACUGGGAGGAGGCGAGGUUGAACGUGCGGGGUAAGAGGACGCUGGCAGAGAACAUAGCAGACAACGGAGGAAUAAGAGAAGCUUUUAGGGCGUACAGGCGGUGGAUAGAUGAGACCAGAGGAGGCGUGGAGGAGCCUCUGCUGCCUGGAGUCGGACUGAACAACAAUCAACUGUUCUUCCUCAGCUACGCACAUGUGAGAUGUAACUCAUACAGACCAGAGGCAGCCAGGGACCAGAUACAGAGUGGAGCCCACAGUCCACCAAAAUACAGAGUCAUCGGAGCGAUGAGUAACUUCGAAGAGUUCCGCAAAACGUUCAGCUGUUCCGAGUCGUCGGUCAUGAACAGAGGCGCACACUCCUGCCGGGUGUGGUGACCUUUGACCUCAGCUUGACUCUGAACCAGGCCGGAGCUGUCGGCAGGGCGUCUGUCGAAAAAAAGGCUGAUAGCGCUCGACUUAGCCGACACAGUUUACAUGAUACGGGAGCAAACGAAGCAAACGAGUUGUGCUCACAGAAAUAUAAACCCUAACAUAUAGACAUGUUAGAGUAAGAGUGGAAACAUUUAGAGACUGAACCCAUUUUUAAUGGGUUAUUGUAUAUUGUUUCAACAAAUUAGUGACUUUUUUUUACUGGUACAUUUACUGCAGAUAUUGCAGCUAAUGCGUAAAUUAUGACUGAAGCCAUUUGUGAAGGACCAGAGGUUAUGGAUGAUGGAAAUAUUGGGAAAAAAAGUAUUUGUUACAAGCUGUUUUUGUAAAAACUGACCCUUUUUACAACAACACACCAGUAUGUACUAUAAGUGUCACUAGAGAAAGCUAAAGCCUUUCUUAUGGGAAUAAAGAGUUUUUAUAUCACAGUAAAGCUGCAAAGACCAGAACUUUUUUUCUUUUUUUUUUUAAGAGGAACAUAUAUUCCAGAUGUUACGGUAACUGUGGGAAGCACAAAAUAUCACAGGAUAAGAUCCACAUAUAUUCAUUAGCAUCUUUGUUGAUGAAUUUCCAACACCGUAAACCAAAGAUGAAUUCAUAUUUGUGCAUAAAUAUGACCAAAAAAAAAGCAAAAUAGAAUACAAACAAUAAAGUUAGAUAUUUACCUUCAAAUUCUAUCUGAUAAUAAGUCUCGAAUCCUUAUUUUCCUUGAGAUAAUUGUGAAAGUCAGUCUUGUAUCUUGUACUGCAGUUCAACAAGUAAAAUGAUAUCAAUUUGGCUCCUCUACUACUUGUUAAGAUGUGUAUGUUUCGUACUGUGUGUGUGUGUUUGUGUGUGUGUGGAGGCUCUCCUUCCAUAAGUCUGGGUCCUGUCUUAGUUCCUGUCCCACUUUGUUUCAAUCUGGUUUUCGUGUCAGACAUUUAUAUUCAUUCUGCCUCGGUUCAGCCCGAGGCAAAUAAGCUCACGGAAUUACAAGCACUCAAACUACAAGAUGCACUCUGUCCAUUUGUCUUUCUGUCUGUGUUACUCGGCCGCGCUGCCCAGAUGCACUCACGCAUCAGUCCGUGGUAGUAUUUGAGAUCGCUGCGGGAUAAAAGGGAGUAUUAUACAAGGCAGGAUUAACAAGUAAAAGUGUGAACAGCUUUAGGGAACAUCCGCCGACAUGUUGUUUAUUGUUGUACAGUUAUCGUGGUGAAAGACAUAUCUGAAUCAUGAACCUAAAUCCGAUAUUCAGGUUGUGUUUUAUAGGUUUUAAAUGAAAUUUCAUCACCCUUUUUACACAUUUAACUUUUUUUUAUUGUGCUUUUUGAAAUACCCUGAUAGUUUUGACACGUACUGUAUAAAAGCAAUCUGCAAUCUGAAGAUCCACCAAAGCACAUAAAUGUCAAAACUAGCAUUAUAGCAUCAUUUUAAAACCAUCUUUGGAUUAUUAUUUACUGGUUCCAAGUUAUAUUUCAUGUUUUAUUUACAAGAUAUCAACCCUUCCUCAUCCCCAAAGUUAAUUUUUAAAAGCCGAAUAAUAAAUAUACAGAGUAUAAAACCUUCAAGGUGCAAAUGAUUAAACUGAUUUUAUUUUAUUAUUUGCAAAUGUUUUCGCUUGAUAUACAUUUUUAACUUAAUGAGAUGAUUUAUCAUUUUUACAUGCUGUGAUGGUGUUUCACUGUGUCACUGUUGUUUUGGCUGUGCUUCUCUCUGUCCAAUUCUAAUAAAACUAUGAGGCUGUUCCUCCCCCCCCC